GAUGCACUUUGUCCUAGUUUGUAUAAGCAAACCUCCCCCAGGAGAGAGAGAGAGAUGGAACUAUCACAAUGAAGAGAGGAAUGAGAUUGGGAAAAGGAGAGAUUGAAAGUAAAAAGUGCUGACCCAGACAGAGAGGACAGUGGGUGUGAAAAUAUUUGAUGUGGGAGGGAUUAGAGGCUUCCUGUCAGGAAUACAACAGGCACUAACAGACAGGCUCUUACCUAGUGUGUGACAAUUUGCUGAGUUCCAAUUAGACUGCAGGAAUAUUACUGCUGCAAAAUGUCUCCCAAGACAGGCACACAGAGGGCUCUGCACCUGCUCUGCACGUACCAUGCGCAACUAUGUACUACAGAACAGCAGCACCUCAGAUCUUCUAUCCAGGAUGUUAUCAACAUGUUGGGAGGUGACCUCUUUCAAGCUCUUUUGGAUAUACAGGAGACUUAUGAAGUGAUGCUGUAUUGCGCAAAUAGUACGGCAGCAGAACUCCAAGUUGUGGACACAUCUCAAAAUGCAGUGGAGCAACAGGAAUUCUUGGACAGUAAAAUCAGGGACGAAGUGGAUUCUGAAAUGAAUUCUGAAAUUGAGCCACAGCGAGUUUGUGUAGCUGGAAGGAUGACAAGGCAGUUGGAAAGUUCAGAUGCUCUUUUGAAUCCUUUACAUUCAUUACUGCCAAAGGCUGGGGCUCCACCACUCCUGGUAAACGCAGAUUGUCUCGACCCAGGUUCUUCGGUAAAUGGCAGUGAUGCUUUAUACAAAUAUGAAGAAAUUGUUCUGGAGAGGGGAAAUUCUGGUUUGGGGUUCAGCAUCGCUGGUGGGAUCGAUAAUCCGCAUGUUCCUGAUGACCCCGGAAUAUUUAUCACUAAGAUCAUUCCAGGGGGAGCAGCAGCAAUGGAUGGGAGGCUGGGGGUGACUGACUGCGUACUGCGUGUGAAUGAUGUGGAUGUGACUGAGGUUGUACACAGCAAGGCAGUCGAAGCUUUGAAGGAGGCUGGUCCUGUGGUGAGGCUGCUAGUACGACGCAGGCAGAGUCCCCCAGAAACCAUUGUUGAGGUCAACUUGCUUAAAGGACCUAAAGGGCUGGGGUUCAGCAUUGCUGGAGGAAUUGGUAACCAACACAUACCAGGGGAUAACAGCAUCUACAUCACCAAGAUUAUUGAAGGAGGAGCAGCACAGAAGGAUGGGAGACUACAAAUCGGAGAUCGACUUUUGGCGGUGAAUAACACCAACCUGCAAGAUGUACGACAUGAAGAAGCUGUAGCUGCCCUAAAGAACACUUCUGAUAUGGUUUACCUAAAAGUAGCCAAACCGGGCCCUGUUCACCUCAACGAGAUUUACGCACCACCCGACUAUGCCAGCACUUUCACAGUUGAUAACCACAUAAGCCAUAACUCUACUCUUGGGGGAUAUCUAAGCAGUGUGGAGAGCAAAUCCCCUUACCCACCGCCCCAGGUCACCCCUUCCAGAUUUUCACCUGUCCCACGACACAUGCUGGGUGAAGAAGACUUUACCAGGGAACCACGAAAGAUCAUUCUACACAAAGGAUCCACGGGAUUGGGCUUCAAUAUUGUAGGUGGAGAGGAUGGAGAGGGCAUCUUUGUGUCUUUUAUUCUGGCCGGUGGACCAGCGGAUCUGAGUGGAGAGCUGCGCCGAGGGGAUCGCAUCCUUUCUGUUAAUGGAGUGAAUCUACGCAGUGCAACACAUGAGCAGGCUGCAGCAGCAUUGAAACGGGCCGGGCAGACUGUGACCAUCGUAGCACAAUAUCGACCAGAAGUGGGCUACAAAUCUGUACAGAUGCACAGUUCAGGCAGCAUGGACUUGAUGAUCUCUGGCAGGCCACAACAAGAAUAUAGUCGCUUCGAGUCAAAGAUCCAUGACCUCCGAGAACAGAUGAUGAACAGCAGUAUGAGCUCUGGGUCUGGGUCCCUCCGUACCAGUGAGAAGAGGUCCCUCUAUGUCAGAGCACUAUUUGAUUAUGAUCGAUCACGAGACAGUUGCCUACCUAGCCAAGGCUUGAGCUUCUCUUAUGGAGAUAUCCUGCAUGUUAUCAAUGCUUCUGAUGAUGAAUGGUGGCAAGCAAGACUGGUGACACCACAUGGGGAGAGUGAACAGAUCGGCGUCAUCCCCAGCAAGAAGCGUGUUGAGAAAAAAGAGCGAGCACGUCUGAAAACUGUCAAGUUCCAUGGACGGUCAGGCAUGGAGUCCAAUAGGUCCAUCAAAUCCAAGCGUAAAAAGAGUUUCCGACUGUCUCGCAAGUUUCCGUUUUACAAGAGCCUUGUUCCGGAGUCUGGCACUGCACAGGCUGUGACAUCAAACACAAGUGACAGUGAAAGCAGCUCCAAGGGACAGGAAGAUACUAUUUUAUCAUAUGAACCUGUGACUCGGCAAGAGAUUCACUACACGCGACCAGUCAUCAUUUUGGGCCCACUUAAAGACAGAGUUAAUGAUGACCUCAUCUCUGAAUUUCCACAUAAAUUUGGCUCUUGUGUGCCACACACUACACGGCCGAGGAGAGAGACAGAGCUCGAUGGGCAAGACUAUCAUUUUGUGGCCUCAAGGGAGCAGAUGGAGAAAGACAUCCAAGAAAAUAAAUUUAUAGAGGCUGGUCAAUUCAAUGACAACCUGUAUGGGACCAGUGUCCAGUCUGUGCGCGCAGUGGCUGAAAGGGGCAAACACUGCAUUCUUGAUGUGUCUGGAAAUGCAAUCAAACGACUGCAACAAGCACAACUCUUCCCCAUUGCUAUUUUUAUCAAACCAAAAUCUGUAGAAGCGCUUAUGGAAAUGAACCGAAGGCAAACAUUUGAGCAGGCCCAUAAAAUGUUUGAUAAAGCUACCAAACUGGAGCAGGAGUUUGGAGAAUUUUUCACAGCCAUCGUACAGGGGGAAUCAUUGGAAGAAAUUUAUAAUAAGAUUAAGCAAAUAAUUGAAGAUCAUUCUGGACAUCACAUCUGGGUACCAUCCCCCGAAAAACUUUAAACCUUUAUUGAACAGAUAUUGGAUAACUAGCCCCCACCAUCCUACACUACCCGAACCCUAAGGAAUUGGAUGGGGUUCUGUGUGAAUUUGUCUGCCCUCGAACACAGGAGUUUCCAUCCCAACUUGGGGUGCCCCUGGACUCCAUUGGCUUUUGGAAUCUCCUAUUUGUUUGAAGCUAUACUGAACCCAUUGUGAAUGUUCUGGGGGCAACAGGAAAUCUCUGCUCUCCUUCCAUGCAUGGAGGGGAAAGAACAGACUUUGAACAUUUUAGUUUUAAAAAUGCAAAAAAGGGAAAAAGCGCAAGAAGAGUCAGUGAUCUCCCAUUUCCCCAUUUCGAAAACUAGCCCCUCCUCUACCACAAACCCUCACCCCUGCUGGGUUGGAAGAAGGCAUAUUUAUAUACAUAUAAAUAUAUAUAUAAUGUGUGUAUGUGUGUGCGUGUGUAUGUGUGUGUAUAUAUAAUUUAUAUAUGAUUAUAUAUAUUAUAUAUAUUUUGGCUGUGAUGGGAUAUUGGUCCCUGCUAUUCUAUUGUUUUGUAAGGGAUUUUUUUAUUUUUAAUUUUUUUUUUGUGUGAUUUGGUAGAGUUUCAGACUCUGCCCUGUAGUAUACUGCCUGCCUGCCAUGGCUGGAAUUAAUCGAUCUGGGUUAGCGGUGAAGUUAAGUCUGUUUUUUUUCAAAGGGUUUGAACCAGACAGCACCAGACUUAUGGGAGAGUGUGGAGCAGGGAUCAUGCUGUCUGCUGCUUGUCAUGUCCCAAGAAGUUCAAUGUGUGUCCUUGGUAGGCUGGACUUCACAGAAGACUGAAAACUGACACAAUGUGCAUUAUAUUUAGGAACUAUGAUUUUAAACUUAAAAGUUGGCAGGUGUGAACAAAGAGGAUUCAAGAUGGUUCUUCUGUAUGCUGUGCAUCUGCUGGAUGGAAAUGGGCUUUUAAACUGACAUGACUCAAAGUAAAAAAAAAAAAAAAAGAAACUUUUCAAGGAAACGUUUUUAUCCUGAAAUGAUUCCCAUAUUCAGGGCUUCUAGCAGAAAAAUGCUUUGACAAGCUGUGAUCAGAUAGUACCCAUGUGGCUGCUAUUAUUCGCUCCUCAGAUACCUGCGACUUACUGUUGCAGUGCUGGUUUUUAGACCUUUGCCCAUAGGUCAGGACCAGAUUGCGUUAAAAUUGUUUUUAAUGGUUGGAGAGCUUUUACCAUUCUUUUUUCCAUUGUGUGGUUUUUGGGAGUUCCCCUUUUUGGCUUUUGCACGUGGUUUUUAAUAAGGGGUGCAUGGACACGCUUCCUUUUCUGUUGGUCACUCAAUGAACCUCAGGACCAGAGAAGGUGUCUCUGUUCCAAAGGCAGACUGGCUGCCCUCAACAAGAAGCCAAAAUAUGUCGAAUGAGGUACAAAGACUGUUUGAGGCAGAGUAGGGUUAUCAUGCCAAUGGGUCUGGCUUUUUAAAAAAAAAAAAAAUAUGCCAUAAGGCAUUCCUUAACUUUUAUUUUUCUUUAUAUUGAACCAAUCAUGAUGUGUUGAAGUUUGAGCAUUUUUUCAUGGUACCUUCUAUUUUAACUGAACGGGUAUAAAGUCCAUUAUCAUAAUUUUUGUUCUUAGUUUUUCUUUUAAUCCUUCUUAUCUUCGUUAGAUUCUGCCAUUUAAGAAUACAACUGAAUAUUUGUGAUCCUGGAAGGAGAAUAGAUAUGGAAAGAAAAAAAGUCAUAGUUUAGGAAGCAAAAGGCCUUUCGUUUCCCUUCCUUAUUUCAUUGAGCUCCUCUCCUAACUUUUAUUUACCUGCACUAUAUAUCUGUAAGUGAAAAUCUUGCUGGUUAUUAUUUUAUCACCUCCUUUUAAGUCUGUUCUAAGCUGCUGUGUUUUCUGAAAGUCGUUGUAAAACUGAAAUUAAACUCAAAGGGCUUCAUGUAAUCUGUCGGAGGAGGCCAGUGGCAGUGUGGUACAGUUUGUAGAUGGAUCUGCCAGCUCAGGUCUUACAUUUACGAGUAUCAUCCCAUGCAUGUAAAGUUAGAGGUCUGCAGUUACACUAGGAAGUAACGGCAAGUGAGACGGUGCCUCUAUAUAACUGAGCAUAUUUGGAAACUCAUAACUGUUGGAAAAACACACAAAAUGUUAUGUUUGACUUUAAUGUCAACAUUUUAUGAAAACCUGUCCACUUCUGUUAAUGAUAAGCAUUGUUUUUUGCUGGAUAAUAUUAUUACAGAUACUCAAGUGAAACCUAGUCUCUAGUAGGCCAUCAUUUGUAUGGCCCUGCGGACGGGAGCUGCUCAAAUCUUAGUGGAGGAAAAAUUUCCACUUUGAAGCUCAGUGGCAUUUUUAACGCUCAGGGUCCCUUCCACGUGAGAAGGAUCUCUUCUACAUACAUGGUAUAGACACUGCAGGAACAAAACACUGUUUAAACCAUCCCUACUUUGUUGGAGGUGUAAACCAGCUGGUAUUUCUGGUUUGUUCUGUGCAGUCAAAUGUCAGAAGUGUAGGGCUGUUCACUUUAGGGCUAUGUAUUUGUUGCUUGCUAUAGGUGAUCCUGAAUUUUAUCAUGGUGAUUGGGGGGCUGAUGGAGGUGAAAGAAGCUUUGAGAAAAAUUUCCAUAUGGCUUCAAAGUAGAACUUCAUAUACUGCUGCCAUGGUGGGAGAUAUACAAAGCUUCUCUCUUCUUGUGUAAAUCCAUUUUUGGCUAACUACUCCCCAACUGCUCUGUGCCUAGCCAUUUCAAUUAGCUGUGAUGGGGCAGAGCACAUUAAGGUACAAGAUGUAUUGUGUAGUGAGAUACGAGGCAGGCGGGGUGGCUGGUACAAAUGUGUGGUUGUACGACCCUUUUUAUAUAUAUAUAUUCUCUAUCCCCAUCGCUCUCUCUUCCCCACCCUUCCUUCCCUCAAGUGUAAUUUACAGCAAAGCAGAAAUGAAAUGGAAUCAGAUUGUUUAAAGAAAUGCUGGUAAACCCAGGAGGCACAUAUAUUUUUUAAUAAACGGAGUUGCAAUGAGUUCAGACAA